AUGACUCGAAACCGUAUGACCUGUACGACUGGGUGUGGGUUCCACUCCGGUGCACCGACGCUGGUACACGAGCACACCGGCCACUGGUCUGUCGUUGCCUUGUCUCAUGGUGGGUCCCCCUGUCCAGAUCCCCUGCGUACCCGUCGCCCACCACCGCCACCACACCAUAUUGUGAUCCAUCCUUACGUGCCGUGGAUUACUGCUGCUAUUACUGGCAAAGCUGUGGGAGCCUUCGCUAAGGACGAUCCUUUUGGUUUUAUCAUGCCCAGAGCUUCAAUCUACGAUCUGAUUGCCCACGGCUGGGUAGGCCACUGGUGGAUGGGAGGACUCAGGUGCUAUGACCGAGGAGAAGCCGCUGAUGACCUGUUCAAGUUCUACCACGAGAUAUUCCAGAUUAAACCGGUUACUGAGACCUUCCUUACGUAUUAUUUAGAGAUCGAUGCAGCCAAGGACACGCUGAUCAUCUGCGUGAAGGUUGGUAUGCCGUACCGGCUCGGCAAACCUCGAGUGUGGGAACUUGACAGUCCUAUUGUUAAGGUCCGCAUCCCAAUGAUAAGGUUUUACGAUACGUACAAAUUUCAAGUGGAGGCGUGGGCCUAUAAUACCACGGAAUCAGAUGAGUCUAGCAAAGUGACCAGCGAGUCUAGCGAAGAGAAGAGCGACAGCAGCGAAGAAGAUAGGAGAAGAAUGAUGAACCAUAGGAUUUGA